GUGAAUUAAAUAUCUUUCGACCACAAAGUGUGAAACCUGAGGAGGUGAAGAUUUUCAAUCCGCCCUCCGAGAGAACGGGUCUGCGCGGUGCACACAGUGUGGAUGUGUCCCACGGUCCGUGAAGGCGUCCUGGCUCUCGGUUCUGCGGCUGUGGACCCGGAGCGGCGGGACGCUGCACCUCAGUGCCGCGCAUCACUCUCCCGGAGCCGCUGUGACGAGGAGCCGGAGUCAUGGCCCCGGACAGUUGUCUGUUUGUGUGGUCUGAUCAGUGUGUCAUUGUGUGUCCCCUCUCCCUCCUCCUGCCAGUCACCCCAGAGGCCAUCGGCUUCCUGUCCGCCGUGGGCGUCUUCAUCGUGGCGUUGGCCGUCCUCUUCCUCUUCAUCAACAAGAAGCUGUGUUUCUCGCGUGUCGGCGGACUGCCCUGUCUGGAGGAACAUGGCCGCCGGAAGAAAGGACGACAAGGAAUCCGUCAGGGUCUCGUGAACAGCUACGGUGACAACGAUGGCCUCAGCUCCUCCGACAGCGAAGACGAGGUCCUGAAGCAGUUUGAGAUCUCGGUGUCGCGUUCGCAGAGCUUUCGCUGCACAGCGGCCAGCGGCGGCGGCGAACAGCCGGCCCAGCAGUCUCAGCUAACGUUGGGUCGACGCCACAAAUUCACGCGACUGUCGGACCAGGAGGAGGGCAGCACCGAGCCGUCGGACUGUGAAGAGAUGGCGGCUCAGAACCAGUCGGGCUUCCAGGACCCGCUCUCGGCAGCAGUCGAGGAAAUGGAGAGGGCGUCCUCCGCCCCGCCGGACAACCCGUCUCUCCACGAGACAUCAGACGCCAGGGACAGUCCCGCCCCUAGUAUGAGGCGACCGGCCGCAGACGGCAGCGAGGACACGCAGCAGGCUGCGCAGGAUCACGACCAAAAUGACGUCACGGACAGCUCCUCCACCUGGAGCCCCGAGCAAGAGCAGCCUCCCAAAGAGGAGGUCUCGUCUCAACCGGCCAGCUCCUUCUCUCGACCCCCCAUCUCCACAUGUGGAGACCUGGUCCUCUCCCUGGAGUACCGUCCCGAUGUGGAGAAGCUGCUGGUGUCGGUGGUGGCGGCCCGGGACGUCCCGGACAAGGCUCGCAGCGGGAUGGACUCCUGGCAGGUGCACAUGGUCCUGCUUCCCUCCAAAAAGCAACGGCACAAGACGUCGGUGCAGAAAGGCUCGCUGCCGCACUUCAACGAGACGUUCCGCUUCUCGCGCCUGGAGCCGUCGGACCUGCAGAUGUCGGCCAUCAGGUUCCGGCUGUACGCACUCGGAGGCAGGAUGUCCCGGGAGAAGAUGAUGGGAGAGAAGGUUCUGCGUUUGGGAGGACUCCACCCGGGCGGAGGGACGAUGGAAACGACGCUGGUUCUGGAGCCUCGCAGUAACCUCAAGAGCGUGGACUCGCUGCUGAGUCUGUCCACGGUGUCUCAGAGCGACAGCGCCUCCUCCACUCAGUCUCUGACGCACGGCGGCGUCCCCGAGCUGCUGGUCGGCCUCUCCUACAACGCCACCACGGGACGCAUGUCCGUGGAGCUCAUCAAGGGCAGCCACUUCAGAAACCUGGCCAUCAACAGACCACCAGACACUUACGGUCGUCUGUCUCUGCUGAACUCGGUGGGUCAGGAGAUCUCUCGCUGUAAGACAUCGGUGCGGCGCGGUCAGCCCAACCCCGUCUACAAGGAGACCUUCGUGUUCCAGGUGGCGCUGUUCCAGCUGUCGGACGUCACGCUGCUGGUGUCCAUCUACAGCCGGCGCAGCAUGAAGCGCAAAGAGAUGGUGGGCUGGAUCUCUCUGGGUCAGAACAGCAGCGGCGAGGAGGAGCAGCUCCACUGGCAGGACAUGAAGGAGAGUCGAGGACAGCAGGUCUGCCGCUGGCACGUCCUGCUGGAGGCGUAACGCCGCUGCCGGACAGGAUCCAGGUUCUUUUUUAGGUUGAAGCAAGUUUAUUCUUUAGUAAGAGGAAAGAAAAAGACAGAUCUUGAUCCUAUUCACUGACAGGACGAUGCAUGUGGCACUUCACCUCCGUCCAAACCUGGAGGGGAAUCGAACCUUGUUCUGUGGAAACGUGAACAAAUUCAUCUGCUCCUGGAGGCUGAUGGAACUAAAUAAAAUGAAAUAAAAUAUUUUAUUGAUGAAUCAAAUUAACUAAAUCAAAGACAGAUGUUACACAAUGAAGCUUUUGAAUUUGGA